CUUGAUUGACCGACAGUGGGGCCCCAUGCUCGUCUUUUACCCGGUCUGGAGGAGUGAAUAUGGGGAUAAGAUUUUAGUGGUCCGCUUUAGAAGUUGUUUGGAUCUAAUUGCAUACCCUUAGUGUGUCGUGCUAGAGCCAGGAUAGAUCCACCGCUCAUGGCACACGCCGUUUGGCCCAUGACUCCCCUGCACGGCCAGGCCUGCAGAUAUAUCAACCCCGAUUCCCCAGAAUUACCUUCUUUUCUUCCCCAGACCCCUCGUUCGACCGUCUCCAUCGGACUCCAGUACCUAGUUGCUAGUUCCUGAGCACGCUAAUUUUAAUCAUAUUCGCAUACAAUUAGCACAAUGGCUACCGCUAUCGAACACACCGAGGCACCUCGCGGCCCAAGCUUCGAGAAGUCUACCAACGGUACCAAUACUCUCGACCACGCUCACAAUGGCAAAACAACCCGGCAAAGGGCGCCUUAUGACUACGGCGGCAACCCUCUGGCACACGUUGCUACCAAUGACCCAGAAAUGCGCCUUACUGCCUUUGGUGGAGACUUCCAGCCCGGUCUCUACAGGGCUCCGAAUCGCAAGUUCGCCAACCCAGCGCCCCUCGGCCUGUCUGCCUUCGCUCUGACGACGUUCGUUUUGUCUUUGAUUAAUGUCAACACACGUGGCAUUGGCCAUCCAAACAUCGUUGUCGCUCUGGCUUACGGCUAUGGCGGUCUGGUCCAGCUUCUCGCUGGCAUGUGGGAAAUGGCUAUCGGUAACACCUUUGGUGCUACAGCUCUAUCAUCCUAUGGCGGUUUCUGGCUCUCGUUCGCCAUUAUUCUGACACCUGGCGGUUUCUCUAUCGAGUCCGAUCUUAUCAAAUUCGGCGAAGCCACGUUCCUGAACUCAUUCGGCCUGUACUUGAUGGGCUGGUUCAUCUUUACCUUUAUCCUGUUGAUCUGCACUCUGCGCUCGACUGUGGCUUUCUUCUUCCUCUUCUUCACGCUCGACCUAGCUUUCCUUCUGCUAGGAAUUGGUUACCUUCAACACGACGGUAAGCAUCCGCAAGGGGACUGCAUCAAGGCUGGUGGUGCAUUUGGCCUGAUGGCAGCAUUUGCGGCGUGGUACAAUGCGCUUGCAGGUAUUGCAGACAGCUCGAACAGCUUUUUCAUCAUUCCCGUUGCUCACUUCCCCUGGAGCGAUAAGGGCCGUGAGCACCGCGACAAGGUCGACAACUCGACUGCCCGCGACGCUGCUCACACGGCAUAAGAGAGCCAACUAUGCGCUUUCAUCGAAUCAUUUACGCUGUCAUUGUUCCCAUGUGCUUGCGAUUGUUGAUCGGCACAUGAAGUGCCGGCACCAAGAUUGAUGGGCACAUACGAUAUGCAUCCAUCAGGCGAUUGUUUAUAAUACCAACGAAGACCUCAUUGUACGCUAUUUAAUACGACAUUUCUAUCU